UUUAAAUAAGAAGCCGAGAGCGAAAGAGGCUCACAAAGUAACUACAUUUACCAGUCAACGGCUUACAACACGUGUAAAAAAUACACAGCAAGCAAGCAAGAAAGAAAGCGAGCCACUCAAAAAGAAAAGCUUUCCGCCGCCGACAGAGUUCCCUUAUAGCUUUCUCUGAAAUAAAUGCGUUCGCCGCACAAAAGUCUCGGACCCACGAAACAACGCAGCUGCAUCAAAUAUUCGCAGUCGUCGCAGACGCGGCCGCUUCAUUAGCGUAAUUAUUAUUUCUCACCGCGGGGCGUGAAUGGUGGCUUGAUUGGAAGGCGUCAACAAUGGCUCGUUUGAUUGUUAGUGCUCGCGCGGGGCAUUAUGCGCCUUACUCCGGAUGAAAGAGAGUCUUGCGUGCGUGAAUUGUCGCGCAGAAGGGAAAUGUGCGCAUUAUCCCUUUCUGCGCGCCGGCGGUGUUGCUCCGUGCUGGCGGUCAACGAAUUUGGAAAACCUUUUAAGCAGCACCGGCCUCACAAGUGGCUCAGUCGGAAAGAGCUUAAAUUUAUCUAAUUUCAGGCUGCACUCACUCAGAAGCAUUUGAAACGAGUGUCCGCGGAGCCAGGAUGACUAUGGACGUGAAAGCAGAGCCCCACCAGAACAAAGGCAACCAGGAGUGCGCUGGGUGUGGAAAGCGCAUCACAGAGAGAUUUCUCCUCCAAGCGUUAGACAGAUACUGGCACGAAGAUUGCUUGAAGUGUGGAUGCUGUGACUGCAGAUUGGGCGAAGUUGGUUCAACCCUUUACACCAAGGCUAAUCUUAUCCUCUGUCGCAGAGAUUAUCUCAGGUUAUUUGGCAACACCGGCUACUGUGCAGCGUGCGCAAAGGUGAUCCCGGCGUUCGAGAUGGUGAUGCGUGCGCGCUCGAACGUCUACCACCUCGAGUGUUUCGCCUGUCAGCAGUGCAACCACAGGUUUUGCGUUGGUGACCGCUUCUACUUGUGCGAGAACAAAAUCCUCUGCGAGUACGACUACGAAGAGAGGCUUGUGUUCGCCAAUAUGGCCUACAACCCUUCCAGCCUGGCGCAUUUGAAGCGACAAGCAAGCCAACUGCCGCCGACCCCCCCUGGCGUGCUGAACGGCGGCGUGAUGCCUCCAGGGCCGCCUCCGCGCGGUGGCCUCGGGGACAUGAACAACAACACGUCAGGUAGCGGCAGCGGCGCGGCCAAGAGUCCUGCGGGAUGCUCUUCGCUGCAGCUGGGAGGCCCCGCGAGCUGAAGACGCUGAAGUCCAGCGCCCGCCUGACAAGUAUACGACGAAGGAAGGACUCCGCAUCCUCUGUGUAAAUAGAGCUAGGACCAACGCAUACUCGUCGCCGUGUGUGUACAUAGUCGACGGAGGACGGGAGGACGCACUGGCCUCCUCACCUGGACCGCCAGUAUAAAGAAAUUAUAUGUGUUUCGUACGAUCAUUCUCGCUUCCCGCUGCUUUUUGUUCCGGCUCUGUGGAGGGGCUUCGGGGGCUGCAAAGCGGCACUUUCCUGUUCCUCAUUGUGAUGAGUGAAAUGACUUUUAACAAUUCAAUUUCCAUUCGAAAUUUUGUACAAUACGGUACUCUCUGAAGCCGACUCUUGCCUUUCGAAAAACUUUUGAUAAAAUUUGAGCUCCAAAAUACAUAGUUAACCCGCCUUCAGGCAGUACUGAAACUGUCAAAAUUAAUUAAAAUUCCGUUAGAACGUGUGUGUACCAAAGUUCAAUGAUGAAAAUUCAUCGUUUCGUGAGCGCGUGAAUGGAUUUUGCAAGUCCCCUCCAGCUAGUCUUGGCAGCCUAGCCGUCGGUUUUAUGGCCAACGAUCACACACAAAGGUGUACAUAUUACAUAACACAUUUAGCGGAAUAUUGAGCUACUUAUCAAUACAGGCAACUGGUUCAUCAAGCAGUCGACGCAUAAAUAACUUGCUCAUUAAGUGUCGUGUUUAUACUUGGGCGUCGUUGUUCAUUGUGCGCAGCAUUACUCCCCGAGAUGAAUGCCCUCUGGCGAAAUUUGUUGUGACACGCCAAUUUGCGUUUUUGUCCUCCUUCAUGCCCAUCAUACCAUAACUGUGUAAUAUAAUUUAAUGCGCGGAAAACACAAUGUUGUUGACAUGUACCCUUGUUUUGCUCUGGAUUAAAAUGAAAUGGGUCCAUUAGUGGCGCAGUUAGGUAGUAAGUAAGCAAGCAAGCAAAGCUCCUUUUUUUUAAAAAAAAAAAUCAAUACCUUUGUGAUUGAUGAGGAAAUGUCAUUUGUUUGCGAAAGUAAGCUGUUUUGACGAUCGAUUUGAAUAUGUAAGGGAAGUUUCUUAUCCUGCUAGGAUUAAUCAAAGACGUUUGUGUACAUAAUCGAAACGAUGUUGAGCCGUAGGAUUGUAAGCAUAGGCAGUUAAUGUGACGCCACUGUGGAUCCAGAAGUCAUACAAGCACUGUUGCUUUGCAAUAGAGGAAGACCAUACGCAGCAAAGGACAGCAAUUUGAACCUGUGAUAGCUCCUUUUACGUGUACAGUGGAAAGAAAAUCAUUUCAUCAAAUAAAUGGACAUAAAUAGACGAGA